AUGAAGGGAGGAGAAAAACAAAGUGGAAAAGUGGACAAAUUGAAGCCAAUAUUAGCGAUCAUAUCUCUCCAAUUCGGAUAUGCAGGCAUGUACAUCAUUACUAUGGUCUCCUUCAAGCAUGGCAUGAACCAUUGGAUCCUUGCUACCUACCGUCAUGUCGUAGCCACCAUUGUCAUCGCUCCUUUUGCUCUCAUUCUCGAGAGGAAAAUAAGGCCUAAGAUGACAUGGCCAUUGUUCCUUAGGAUUCUUGCCCUCGGAUUCCUAGAGCCACUUUUGGACCAGAACUUGUACUACAUAGGAAUGAAAGCCACGUCAGCAACGUACAGUUCUGCAUUUGUAAAUGCACUUCCCGCCAUAACUUUCAUAAUGGCCGUCAUUUUCAGGUUGGAAACUGUAAACUUGAACAAGAUACGUAGUCUUGCAAAGGUGGUCGGAACAGCAAUAACAGUGGGAGGAGCGAUGGUUAUGACGUUGUACAAAGGUCCAGCCAUUACGCUCAUCAAGGCUGCCCAUACCUCUUUUAGCGGCGGCAGCUCCUCCGAGACCGCCGACCAGCACUGGGUCACCGGAACCCUAGCGAUUAUGGGUAGUAUCACAAGUUGGGCAGGUUUCUUCAUUUUACAAUCAUUCACGUUGAAAAAAUAUCCGGCGGAGCUGUCACUAGUGAUGUGGAUUUGCGGGAUGGGAACCAUCUUAAACGCCAGUGCUUCGGUCGUGAUGGUACGUGACUUGAGCGCUUGGAAAAUCGGCAUGGACUCAGGCACACUCGCGGCUGUUUACUCCGGAGUGGUCUGUUCGGGGAUGGCAUAUUACAUACAAAGCAUUGUGAUUAGAGAACGAGGACCGGUGUUUACGACGUCGUUUAGUCCUAUGUGCAUGAUCAUUACUGCCUUCUUGGGAGCAUUAGUUUUGGCUGAAAAGAUCCACCUCGGAAGUAUAAUCGGGGCGAUUUUCAUCGUCUUUGGGCUAUACAGCGUCGUGUGGGGGAAGGCUAAGGACGAAGUGAUCUCGACCGAGGAAAAAAUAGUAAUACAGGAGCUGCCAAUCACCAAUGUAUUGAAACAAAAUGCACCAGAUAAAGGUGUGACUAACAGUACCUGA